AUGGAUGUCGACGUCGUCGUGCUCGGAACUGGAUUAUCUGAAUCUAUCACAGCUGCCGCACUUUCGAAAGCGGGUUUUAGCGUGGCUCACGUCGAUGCCAAUCCAUACUAUGGCGGUGAUGAAGCCUCUCUCACUCUCGACGAGCUCGCAGCUUGGGCGGAUUCUCACUGCACCAGCAGCGAUGCUGCAUCGCCAUAUACGCGUUCGCAGCGAGCUAAAUUCACAUCUAUCUCCUGUAGUUCAUCUUCGCUCGCGCAGUCCCGACAAUAUUCAUUGUCUCUUGCUCCUACUAUCAUUCCGUCGGCUGGCCCAUUGAUCGAUGCUCUCAUUGCUUCGGGCGUAUCUCGCUAUGGGGGCUUUAAGCUGCUCGAGAAAGUGGCCAUCUACGACGGUCCUGGCUCCGUCAAGGCUGUACCUGGGAGCAAGGAGGACGUAUUCAAGAGCAAGGAACUCUCGCUGGUGGACAAGCGCAGGCUAAUGCGAUUCCUGAUGUUCGCUUCUGGUGAUUUCGAGACAACGAAGGAAAUCGAAGGCAAGGCAGAGAUACCUUUCGUGGAAUUUCUGAAAGAUGCAUUCUCUCUGGAUCAUCGCUCAGCCAACGCAAUUGCGUAUGCGCUGGCCUUUUGCAUUUCCCCGUCAGAUCCGACGCUUCCUGCCCUACACCGUAUCAAGCAAUACUUGCGUUCUACAGGACGAUAUGGCCCUUCGCCGUUCCUGGUCGGUCAUUACGGCGGGCUCGGCGAAAUUGCGCAAGGAUUUUGUCGCACCGCCGCUGUGAACGGUACAACGUACAUUCUUGGCCGACAGAUUGCGUCGCUUGAGCGGCCUAAAAGUGAUUCAGUCGAUGAGAGGUUGAAGUUCAAGAUUGAACUGGAAGACCUUCCCGAACAGCUUACAUGCUGUCUCAUAGUAGCUUCGCCGGACUAUUUGCCUUCACAGUAUCUUCCUGGAACAACGGAGGCGCGGCCUGAUGAUCAGUCUACCACGCACAGUGCUCACGCAGUGGCGAGAUGCGUAGCCAUUAUCGACCAGCCAAUCUCAUUUUUGGAAUCUCAAGCAACCGCGAUCGACCAUUCCGCUGGGGAGAAUCCCUAUGUUGAAGAGAACGAGUCUUCGCAUGCUGCUACGGAUAUUGAUACGGCAUUGCUGGUAUUUCCUCCGGGCUCACUACCGGAAGGAUCUGCUACAGUUUCAGUCAAUGUUUUGGUCGCUGGUGAAAGUAGUAUGUCUACACCGCGAGGCAAAUGGGCCCUCUAUGUCUCCAUGCCUCUUCUGGAUAAUUCCAAUCGCUCGGCAGAAGAACUAUUGCGUCCUUACCUUGCCGCAACUCUCGCUUUGACGGUACAACACAGCGCGACAACCAUACAGCCACUGUUCACGCUGUUCUACGUGCAACAUGCGGAUCCGUCGUCAGAGUCCAGACCCGACACAUCACCUGUCAUUGUUGCACCGACGAGCUCACGCCGCCUUCCCGAAAACGCGGACUCAGCUACUAUACAGGCGGAGGGCAUGUUCUGGAAAGCGAUUCGCAUGCUUAAAGCGUCUGGCCGGCGCCCACUCCAGCAACGGGGAGAAGAGGAAAGUGGCAUAGAAGAUGAGGUGGACGUGGACUCGUUUUGGCCACCGUUGGAUGUUGUGGACGACCCCAGCGACGACUGGUAA